AUGGUGGCAUGAACUGGUGAAGAGUGAUCUUUGUUCAUCCUCCCCGUGAUUGUCGAACACGCCGAAACCGGACGAACCUAACCUAGACGCCGAACUUUCAGGCGGAACUACCCCAACUACGGUCGAACGUUACGAAUCUGUCAGGUGGUUUGGUGACUUUUCGGUGGUCCGUCAUUUCUGUGAUACUUUGUCUCUGUGUGUGUUCUUUUUUUUUUGACAUUCAGUUUCCAGAUGAUAUUCGGCGUAAGAGUGACAGCACGAUGUCGGUAGGCUGUAAGUAGACGAUCGAUGCUGUCUGCCAGGCCGACUAGAUCUGAGCCGAGGAAACGUGCCAGCUCGUCAUCUGUUCUCAUCUCGAACGACUGUUAUUUUCGAUCACACAACAGGUUGUGCAUUCCUGACGUACUUCAGCCCUGAGAGCGCCUGCAACGCCCAGAACGCCCUGCAUGAGAAACACACGUUGCCAGGGGGACUGACCCCAACGCCAGCUACUUGGCGACAUUGGCUGGUUCUGUCCCAACACUUCACUCACGAAUGAUGAUGGUUUUGUGAUGAACCGUCCUAUACAAGUGAAACCAGCGGACAGUGAAAACCGCGGAGAUCGAAAGCUGUUCGUGGGUAUGCUCAGCAAGCAACAAACUGAAGAAGAUGUCAGACAGUUAUUUGCGCCUUUUGGAACAAUAGAGGAGUGUACUAUUUUAAGAGGACCAGACGGUGCUAGCAAAGGUUGUGCUUUCGUGAAAUACAGUUCACACCAGGAAGCACAGGCAGCGAUCAAUAGCUUGCACGGUAGUCAAACUAUGCCGGGAGCUUCUUCCAGCUUAGUAGUAAAGUUUGCAGAUACAGAAAAAGAACGCCAACUAAGACGUAUGCAGCAAAUGGCCGGAAACAUGAGUCUUCUCAACCCAUUCGUGUUCAAUCAGUUCGGUGCUUAUGGAGCUUACGCACAGCAACAAGCAGCUUUGAUGGCUGCAGCUAGUGCACAAGGCACAUACAUUAAUCCAAUGGCAGCAUUAGCCACGCAAAUACCCCACGCUACUAUGAACGGAAUGACGAACUCCGUUGUACCUCCCACAUCUGGUGAUUAUAUCCUUACAGAGGUUGGUGGUGGCAACGGACAACCCGUGAACGGAACAAUCCCCAGUCUACCGUCCCCCACGAUGCCCACAUUCAAUAUGGCGGCACAAACCCCCAACGGCCAACCUGGGGGAAACGAAGGAGUGUACACGAACGGUAUGCCCCAGUCCUACCCAGCCCAUGACUAUCAACUCUAUUCGUCUUCAGAUGCACUACAUUUAUCCAUAUCCGCACAAGGAAUGCCAAAUGGAGAGCCAGCCUUACAACACGCAGCAUAUCCAGGCAUGCAGCCUUACCCUGGUGUUGCAGCUUAUCCCGCCGUUUAUGGCCAAUUCCCACAGGCCAUUCCGCAGCCAAUGUCGGCCGUAGCCCCCGCACAAAGAGAAGGUUGUUCCAUAUCCGGGCCGGAAGGAUGUAAUUUGUUUAUAUAUCACUUACCGCAAGAGUUUGGGGAUGCCGAGCUCAUGCAGAUGUUUCUUCCUUUCGGAAACGUGAUAAGUUCGAAAGUAUUCAUUGAUCGUGCCACGAAUCAGAGUAAAUGUUUCGGGUUUGUAUCAUUCGACAACCCAGCCAGUGCUCAAGCAGCAAUCCAAGCCAUGAACGGCUUCCAAAUAGGCAUGAAGAGACUUAAGGUUCAACUGAAAAGGCCAAAAGACGCGAAUAGGCCCUAUUAGCCUCAGCUGAAUGUAAUCACACAAUGGGUGAAGACCUCGGUGAAGACCUGCUAUUCGCCACCACCCGACAGCCAUUAGAGUAUACUAGAUAUUAAUCUCCAAAUAUAACGCAUAAUACCUGAAUAUUAUGCCGCAUAACAUUAUAUUUCAUUUUAUUUUUAUUAAUUAUAAAUUAGGUAAACAAAAACAAAAAAUGAAUAAAAACCGAGACACGUCUGGCGCAACUCCGAGCACCCGCGCUACGGUGACGGCCGAUCUCGAUUUUCGAGAAAUUCCAAAUGGGCUGUGACUAAAUAAAACAAAUCAGUGUUUGAUUGUACAGGCCGUUUCGUCUUCUCGUUCGUAAAUAAACUGUACCUCUAUAUUUUGAGACAUUUCUAAUUGAUUAUUCGUUGUGUGUAUUGUGUGUUAAUCUACUUAUACCUAAUUGAAUAUAAGAAACUCCUACGGGACUUGCCGUCGCCGCACGCAAUGUUGCCAAAUUAGACCAGUCGUGUCUACUGUGAUUAUUAGCUUCUCACAGCGCAUACCUGUCUCGGAGUACUUAAAUUAAGAAGCCCAUGGUGAAAAGGCCAACGGCCACCCAAAAACCAUGACAUAUUUAUAUUUAUUAACAAUAUUAUAUACAAAAAAUAGCUAUAAUGUUUCUACUAUUGUUAAGUGACAUAAUCCAUGAAAAAGUACCAACUAUAUACUAAAAUAUAAAUGCAGGAGAUGUAGAGGUUACACUUAAGUUGUAUAGAGCUUGACGACUGGUCAAGCUUCUCGAGAUAUUAUUAUGUGAACAGGUGGUUCUAUCUGCGAGCUUUCAGAAUGAAACUACCUUUAAGCUGGCUCCAUCCGAAUUAUAUAGUCGUAAGUAUCAUAAUUAGAUCAUGUUAUCAUGUAACUAAAGAAAUGAGCCAAACUACUAUCGGAAUAAGUAUAUGAUAGGCCUUUAUUAAACUAUGUAAAGUUUUUCAUUGUGUAUAGAGAAUUUUAUGCGUGGGAAGGCCGGAAAUAUCGCUCUUUUGAUAUUAACUAAAUUGACUUUCGCGUCGAAAUUACUUCGUCUUAUGGUUUUCCUCAGUUUUCUCGAAGAAUAAAGUGGUGGCAUCAAAUUUUAAAAUACGAUUAUUUUACCUUAGAAAUCUUUUUGUUGCAAAUAUUUCGAUGAAGAUAUAUUUCAGUAUCUAAAUAUUGCAUAGCAUUCUUUCAAUAUAUUGCUUACACUUCAUGGCAAUUUCUUCAAUGUAACAAAAUUAAAAUCAUUAGGUUUCAAUUUAAGGCCAGGGUUUUAAUCAUGAACAAUUCAAAUCAAAUACUUACUCACUUACCGAGGACCUGUCAAACCCUAACCUGAAACCUGAGAGUAUUUGUAUAUUCAGCUACUUAAGUUCAUUUUAUUCAUGUGUCUUUCAAAGUAAGGAAUUUAAAAAAAGACAAAAAAGAGGAGUAAGAAGUCGCAACUGUCGAUUAGAUCGGACGAUUUUAAACCACUAACGUGUGUUCAGCGAACGUUCAAUCCAGUCUGAAAGACUCGACCAUCGUCGGAGUGUUAGAAGUGUAGGUUGAACUGACGAUCUGCAAAUCGACAGUUCAGAUCGACAGGUCGCUGGUUUCUCAGCAGGCACCUUCGCAGUUUCAAAUAAUAGUAACCCAAGAACACAUAUAAAUAAACAGUAAUCUUAUCACAUGCCAAGCUUACUAUUACUUUACUUCCAAAAACUGCAAUGAUCAUAGAAAAAAUUUUACCCUUAGUAUUUGUGUGCCACUACAAUUUUACUUCGAGAAGUUUUCACUAUUCCUGCACAUAUCUAGACUUAUCGAAGCAUGUGCUUUAAUAAUAGUUAUAGUAUGGCAGAGGAAGUUGUACAUAUUUCCGAUAAAAUUUAAAAUCUCCGAGCCCUUCCUUGUCUAUUGUAAAUUUCGCUUAAAGAACAUCAUAUUUAAAUAGGAAGAAUUUCAUUCUGAAAGUUUCUGGACAACUUGUAUGCUUAGGGAUUAUUAUCGGUUUUUAGAACAAUGCGGUUCUCGAUUUAUUGAUAAUUUUAUCUAUUUAUAGGUUUAUAUAUCAAAAGAAAGUUGUGCGUUUCAGCCAAAAUAGUUGUUGAGGAGUUAGUUGACGCUUUUGGGGACUGAUAAAAUUGUCCUAUCAUCAGGUACACUGGUAAAUUUCCGGUUGUACCGCUCUAGUCAAAUUAUCCCUAUACGCUAGAAUGCGUACUAGUAUGAAUAGUUUUAAUUUAGAAUUACCUUGAACUAACCUAAUAUAACAUAUAACCUCUCAAGGGACAAAAAUUGUUUGCAGUCAAGUUCGGAUACUUGUCAGACCCUAGAUUUGUUCGAUUUUAGAAGUCCGCUGACAGGACUUGAUGAGGAAUACUUGCAGUACAAAGUAGUUGGCUUCGUUGUUUUAUUAAUAGUCCUGUAUAUAUCUCGUAUUGCGUUGAAGAAUAUAUCAGGUUGGUUCACUUAUAGUUUUAGCGUUAAGGCAUAUAUUUAGUGAUCAUAAUAUAGAGUAUCUAUUGAAUUUAAUAUACAUAUAUUUUUCUUUUCCGCUGAAAUAUAUUGUGCAAUAUUACUAACACAGAUCGACUGACACCAUUAGGUGAACAUAUUUUUUGUAUUGUUUUAUAUUAUUACCAUUAAUUUUGUACCUUACAUCAGACGAAAAUUUUUGCUAAAAUUUGAAAAGUUCGUUUUUUAGAAGUAGUGCAUCCCACGCUUGCUAUUUGUCAUUCCUCUAGAACUGAGAGAUAAGAUCCGACUGCCUGCUAUUGGCGAAAGUGGCAUAUUUCGUUCUCACCGCGUUUUCAUUCUGCACAAGGAGCGCAUCGUCUAACAACAUCGACUUCAAAUAACAAAGAGCACGUAAUAAUCAACAAAUAUAAUUUGAAUGCCUCAGGUCUAUGUGACAAUGUUUAUGCAGGCAUAGCAAUUAACAAAUAACAAGUUUGAGUCAUCCAACCUAAAACGUGACUUAGUCAUUUGUGGGCAACAACUUGGUAUGGAGGGCCAAGGAUUAGCCUAGUUCCAUAAAAAUCGUAUAUACAUUUUGUGUUAUCAAAUAAAAUAAUUAUAAUUAUGAUCUUCAUAUCUGACUAUUUGCUACUUGUUAAGUGUUAUUUGUGUUACUGCAUAAAUGUACACACAUAGAUGAGAUUUACCAAACGUAUACGCUUUUGUGGCUCUCACUUCUUUUGGAGCACACAUGGCGCCCGAUGAGUGGCCAAAGCAGACAAGCCAAGCGCUUAACUGCAUUUGUAAAAAAUCUUAGUCGUGAAAAACAAACCUAAUUGGACAUUUUCAGUGUGCAUCCAUGACGAUACGCUUCGUAUGCAGAAUGUUUGAUUAUAGCCAAAGCUGUAAGGCAAAUGUGCCAUCUUCGUCACGUUGGUUUUUCAGUAGAGGGACAAAAUUCUGUAUGAUCACGGAUGACAAGAGCGGAUAAUAAUCAUAAUAUUAAAAAACAAAGCAGCGAAGUGAUUCUAGGAUACAGGGUAUGUUUUUGCAAUUGUUUACGUAACUGUUUCUCAUCGUCAAGAUGGCGUCGUCGUAUUCAUAUAUUAGUAAAUGUACUUACGUACGCGUCCGCAAUUGGGUCGCACCUGAUCGUGCCAUCUCAUUAUACCAUUGCGCUGUAAAUAUGGAGUCAUUGUAUGGCACCGUUUUAUACAAAAUAUAGUCCGUUCUGAUCAUCAGCUCUGAACGACAUCCUAGCAUUUCGAGAAAAAAAAUUAUAUUUUAUAUUUGAUAAUCUGAAUAAUUCAUAUUUAGAGAGGCUUUCUCAUUGCCGUUAUUUUGUCGCUCUAGUUGUCACGAAUCGUUUCAAAUUCGAAUCACGGUUUUAUAUGAGAUUAGUAGGUAAGCUCGAAUAGCUGGUAUAGGAAUAGGCGGCUGAAAUAAGAUUAAUACCUCAGAAAUAUUAUCAAAUUUGAACGAAUUCCCAAAUUCAGUUCAUCACGUGAAGCACACGUUCUAUCUCUUUCUGCUUCAAUACCGAAAUGAAACAAUGACAACUCAAAUGAGCAUUUGAAUUCUUUUUUGCUGAUUGGAAAUCAAUCUAUGAAAUCCUCGUAAUAACAAAAGCACAUUUAAAUUUUCACAAACUUCAUUUAUUUCAACGCUUGUUUCACUAACUCGGUAGAUUCUUCAGUUACAGAAUUAUAACAUUAUCAACCAUAUCUUAUAGUUAUUACAAAUAUUAAGUUAAAGGACCAACUGAAAGGAUUAUCAAAAGUUUAACUUGAAUAUAUUUUUAAUAAAUUUAUGAUAAUCCUUCCAGUUUUCAUAAAUCUAAUGAUAACUUUGUUUAGUUUUAAUUAACAUGAAUUUCAAUCGAGUGAAAGCCGAUUCAAUUGAACAAUAUUUGAUUCUUGUGAGAAAUUCAAAAUAUCUUGAAAAUUUCAUGAAAAUCAUUAGUUAUGCAAUGUCAAAUUAGAAGCAGAAAGAAAUAAACGUCGAAUCUAUCACGCUUGUGAAGCUCAGAAUGACUUUGGUUUGGAUAGAAAAAGAUAAAUAUUCCAAGUUCGAUAUAUAUAUAGAUAUACCCAAAAAAAUCCUAUCAUUUCGAAAAUUGCAGUUCCCCAAUGUUCGAUAUUGGGACCAACAAACUUAAUUUUUUCUUGAAUUCGACUUUUGAAGAUAUGAGGCUAACUCCAACCUUUUUGUUCUAGUCAUUUUUAUUUUUUCAAUGCAAUGAAUUAGUUUUCUAGGUUAUAGUUGAAAUAUUUUAAUCUUAUUUAUAUUGAAAAUGUUUUCAUUAUUUAUUAUAAUUUAUUUAUUUAUUUAAAAUACAUAUUUAUUUAGGUAUUGAAGAUUAACCAAAAACAGAAAUGUAUAGCUAAUAGAUUUAAAGACUUCACUAUCCUCAGCAAACUCGCAGCAUUAUUAAACAAUAAUAAACAUUAGAUUAUUCCGAAAGUAACUGAAAAUUGUUAAUCACAUUUUUGAAUUUAUUGCAUUUCGAGUUUUCGUCCUAUAAUAAAUUAUAGCUUCGAAUGUGGGAAGAUGAUCUCUUUUUAUAGGUUUCAUACGGACAAUUCCAUGCAAGAUUCAGCUACUAUUAACAUGGCUUGAAAAUUUUAUAUGUUCUCUGCACGUCGAAGAUGUUUGUACAUAUAAUUGUGAGUGGUAACACUUGAUUUAAAUGAACUAUUUUUAUUCUAGUCAAUUGCCAUGUCCAGACAAUAAUCUCUUGAGGCAAGCUCUCAGCUAAACAGCAGAAGCUCUGCUUAUCAUUUAUGCGAUGUUUAAAUAAAUGUGCAGAUAUCAUAUGAACUCCUUUUCACAGUAGGUAAUUUCAUUCUAGUUGAUGGGUUGAAUCAAUGUUCUCCAUUCAUUUUCAACUCUAACCUGAAUUUCCAUCAAAUAAAUAAAUAAAUUCAAUUCGAAACAUGUUUUUCUGAUGAUUGAAUGAGAUGUUCCAAAUAAGACAUAUCAAUUUAUUACUUGGAAUCAUCGUUGAAGCAUUUGACAAAGUUUCAAAAUUUCUCUUAAAAUUUGUAAUUUCUUUUUGUUGGUGGGAUUUGUAAUCUCAUCAAUUUUUGAAGUACUUAAUAUGAUAUACAGAUAUCAAGUGACACUAUUGAAUUGUUGUUCUUACCCGUCAGCUAGAUCUGUAUAUUACAUUCAUCCUAGGUGUUCGAUGGAGUUUUGAAUUAGGUGAUAAAGUACUUUUCGGAUAUAGGUGAACCAUUAAUGUACAUAAGAGGUCAAUUUAUGUGUUUGUUUCGUUGUUACAAUUGUACUUCAGAGAACAUGUAAAAUUUCGACGCAUGAGUAAAAUAAUACGAAGAUAAUGGUUCAUGUUUUCCGGGAAAUGAUCCAAACCGUUCUAACUGCAUGUCAUUUAAAAUAGAUUACAUUUCACACGAAACUAUUGAGAAGUUAAUCUAAUUACUAUCAUAUAAUACAAUGUAGUAGCUAAUUGAAUUUGAAUAUUUAUAAAUUACCAAGAACCUUGUAAUACUAUAUUGUAAAAAUAUAUUAUUAUGAAGAAUAGAGAACUUACUGGAAUUUUCUACCUUACAGACUUCACAUCAUCUUUUUUUUCGGUCCAUUUUUUCUUCGACUUUUCUAUUAUCCAAACAGUUUGUAAAAUUCGCUAUAUCAAUUAAUAUAAUUAUAUUGUAUAAUAACAGUAUCUAUUAUGUAAUUUAAUAUGGAUAAUAUGCAGUCCAAGUUGAGGUAUCAAGGACAUGGUCGAGCACACUUUCAAUGCUCAAACUAUUUACAUAAUCCAUUACAAUUAUCAUUAUAUUGGAUAUCUGUUUAGUGACCAUGUCUCAACUCGAUUAUUAUUACUAUUUUUAUCUAUUAAAUCCAAUUCAAUAGGACUAUUUUACAACGUAUAGAAAUAUAGCAUGAUAUUUUAGUGCAGAAAAAAUUGUAUUGACUUGGAUUUAUUUGAUAUCUAUCCAAUUCAUAUAAAACUUUAUAAAAGAAUUAUAAAUUAAUAAAGUUAAAUAAAAUGCAUA